GAGUGAGACAUCUUACCAAAGUCAACUAUCUCUGCUGUGAGCUGUAAACAAGAAGGCAAGUUACUCCUCAACGUCGCGUUAACAGGCUGUUUUUAGCCUUUUAUCCAGAGUAACACCGCUCACUGGACACGGAACAUGGAAGAAGACACACUAACGACGCUGAAGAUCUUGAUUAUAGGAGAAAGUGGCGUUGGGAAGUCCAGCCUCCUCUUGAGAUUCACAGAUGACACAUUUGACCCAGAGCAAGCGGCAACAAUAGGUGUUGACUUCAAGGUGAAGACUAUUACCGUGGACGGUAACAAGGCAAAGCUGGCAAUAUGGGACACCGCAGGACAGGAGCGCUUCCGAACCCUGACGCCUAGUUACUACCGCGGUGCCCAGGGAGUCAUCCUGGUGUACGACGUCACACGACGGGAAACCUUUACCAAGCUUGACAACUGGCUCAAUGAGCUCGAGACGUACUGUACAAGGAACGACCUCGUCAAAAUGCUUGUGGGAAACAAAAUCGAUAAGGAAAACCACGAGCUAGACCGGGCCGAAGGGCUGAAGUUUGCAAGAAAACAUUCCAUGCUUUUUAUAGAGGCGAGUGCCAAGACCAGGGACGGCGUUCAGUGUGCGUUUGAGGAGCUGGUGGAGAAGAUCAUCCAGACGCCCGGUUUGUGGCAGAGUGAGAGCCACGGCCGAGGAGUCCAGCUCACCGACGAAGACGCGGGAGGCGGAAGCUGCGGCGGCUACUGCUCUCUGGUUUAAACACACAAACACAAACACAUUCAAACAUACAUGUGAAUACCACACACAGUGCCACACAAACAUACACUCUUGAAAGAACAACCUGCCCACCACCCUCCCAUUGUGUGCUGUCCUGAGCUGAGCUCCCUCCUCAGACAUGAAGGCAGUGGAGGUCCGACUGUCUCCCCUCCGCUGAGCUGUCAGGGUUGACCGUACACACACACACACACGCACUACUUUUUGCACACUUUAUAAUAACGCUGCGCUAAAAUGCAAAUGCAGCUCAGCCUUCCUCCUAAUGGAAUUUAAGUGAUUUUUUUUCACUCUGUUUUGUUUUAAGUUUCAGUUUUUUGCAGUUU